AUGUCUUCUUCUCUCGAACAGCUCAAGGCCUCCGGCACCGUCGUCGUUUGCGACUCUGGUGACUUCGCCACUAUUGGCAAGUACAAGCCCCAGGAUGCCACCACCAACCCCUCUUUGAUUCUCGCUGCUUCCAAGAAGCCCGAGUACGCCGCUCUUAUCGACACUGCCGUUGCCUACGGCAAGCAGAACGGAAAGACCCUCGAUGAGCAAGUUGAGGCCACUCUCGACCGUCUCCUUGUUCAGUUCGGAAAGGAGAUUCUUAACAUCAUCCCCGGCAAGGUCUCCACCGAGGUUGACGCCAAGCUCUCCUUCGAUACCCAGGCUUCCGUCGACAAGGCUCUUCAGAUCAUCAAGCUGUACGCCGACAACGGUAUCUCCAAGGACCGUGUCCUGAUCAAGAUUGCCUCCACCUACGAGGGCAUCAAGGCCGCUCACAUCCUCCAGUCCCAGCACGGCAUCAACUGCAACCUGACCCUCAUGUUCUCUCUGGUUCAGGCCAUUGCCGCUGCCGAGGCCGGUGCCUACCUCAUCUCUCCCUUCGUUGGUCGCAUUCUUGACUGGUACAAGGCUGCCCACAAGCGCGACUACACCCCUCAGGAGGACCCCGGUGUCAAGUCCGUCCAGGACAUCUACAACUACUACAAGAAGUUCGGCUACAAGACCAUUGUCAUGGGUGCCUCUUUCCGUAACGUUGGCGAGAUCACCGAGCUGGCCGGUUGUGAUUACCUGACCAUCUCCCCCAACCUCCUCGAGGACCUCUACAACUCCACCGAGGCCGUUCCCCAGAAGCUCAACCCCGCUGGUGCCGCCACCCUUGACAUCAAGAAGCGCGAGUACCUCAACAACGAGGCUGACUUCCGCUUCGACUUCAACGAGGAGGCUAUGGGUGUUGAGAAGCUCCGUGAGGGUAUCUCCAAGUUCGCGGCUGAUGCCGUUACCCUCAAGCAGCUUCUUGCCCAGAAGAUCCAGGCUUAA